CUCCGCCCCCGGCAUCUGGCUCUCUGGCGCUGAGGAGGGGGCACUUCCGGGGGUCCUUCCCCUUUAACCUCCCGUUUCUCCUCCCUCUCCGGUAGCUGACGGCAGAAACCCCACCUUGGGGGCGGGGCCCUCUCAGUGACACGUCGGACAGUGGCGGCCGUCCGGGAGGCCGGGGCGCGGAGCGCAGCUGGAGGGACCUCGGAGCUCGGGCGGGGGUUUCGGCUCGCUCCGCUGGCUGUGAUCAGCGGAGAGGGAGCGGGCCCGCCCGCUGGGCCCGGGCCCUCCGGAUCCGCCCCCUCCCCGGUCCCGCCCCCUCGGAGCCUCCUCUGGCUGCGCGGGGGUCGGGGGCCCGCUGUCCGGACGCCAUGCGGGCUUCGCUGCUGCUGUCGGUGCUGCGGCCCGCAGGGCCCGUGGCCGUGGGCAUCUCCCUAGGCUUCACCCUGAGCCUGCUCAGCGUCACUUGGGUGGAGGAGCCAUGCGGCCCGGGGCCGCCCCAACCUGGCGAUUCUGAGCUGCCGCCGCGCGGCAACACCAACGCGGCGCGCCGGCCCAACUCGGUGCAGCCCGGAGCCGAGCGCGAGAGGACGGGGGCCGGCGCAGGCGCCGCAGAGAACUGGGAGCCGCGCGUCUUGCCCUACCGCCCGGCACAGCCGGGUCAGGCCGCCAAGAAGGCCGUCAGAACUCGAUAUAUCAGCACAGAGUUGGGCAUCAGGCAGAGGCUGCUGGUAGCCGUCUUGACCUCACAGGCCACGUUGCCUACACUAGGCGUGGCCGUGAACCGCACUCUGGGACACCGACUAGAGCGGGUGAUGUUCCUGACAGGCGCCCGUGGCCGCAGGACACCAUCAGGCAUGGCCGUGGUGACACUGGGCGAGGAGAGGCCUAUCGGACACCUACACCUGGCGCUGCGCCACCUGCUGGAGCAACACGGUGAUGACUUUGACUGGUUCUUUCUAGUGCCUGAUACAACCUACACUGAGGCCCAUGGACUGGCACACUUAGCUGGCCACCUUAGCCUUGCCUCAGCAACCCACCUCUAUCUCGGCCGACCUCAGGACUUCAUUGGUGGAGAGUCCACCCCAGGCCGCUACUGCCACGGGGGCUUUGGAGUGUUGUUGUCACGCACUCUGCUACAGCAGCUUCGCCCCCACCUGGAAAGCUGCCGUAAUGACAUCGUUAGUGCACGCCCUGAUGAGUGGCUGGGCCGGUGCAUUCUGGAUGCCACAGGCGUGGGCUGUACUGGUGACCAUGAGGGGGUACACUACACCUAUUUGGAGCUGAGCCCUGGGGAGCCUGUGCAGGAGGGAGACCCUCGUUUUCGCAGUGCCUUGACAGCCCACCCUGUGCGUGACCCUGUGCACAUGUACCAGCUGCACAAAGCUUUUGCCCGAGCUGAGCUGGAACGCACAUACCAGGAAAUCCAGGAGCUGCAGUGGGAGAUCCAGAAUACCAGCCGACUGGCUGCUGAUGGGGAGCGGGCUGCUGCCUGGCCAGUGGGUAUUCCAGCACCAUCCCGCCCUGCCUCACGCUUUGAGGUUCUGCGCUGGGACUACUUCACAGAGCAGUAUGCUUUCUCCUGUGCUGAUGGCUCACCUCGUUGCCCACUUCAUGGGGCUGACCAGGCUGAUGUGGCUGAUGUUCUGGGGACAGCCUUGGAGGAGCUCAACCGCCGCUACCAACCAGCCCUGCAACUCCGGAAGCAGCAACUGGUGAAUGGCUACCGCCGUUUUGAUCCUGCCCGGGGUAUGGAGUACACCUUGGACUUACAGCUGGAAGCACUGACGCCCCAGGGUGGCCGCUGGCCUCUCACCCACCGGGUACAGCUCCUACGACCCCUGAGCCGUGUGGAGAUCUUGCCUGUGCCCUAUGUCACAGAGGCCUCACGUCUCACUGUGCUACUGCCUCUGGCUGCAGCCGAGCGUGACCUGGCUGCUGGCUUCCUGGAGGCCUUUGCCACUGCAGCACUGGAACCUGGUGAUGCAGCAGCCCUGACCCUGCUGCUGUUGUAUGAGCCACGCCAGGCACAGCGGGCAGCCCAUGCAGAUGUCUUCGCACCUGUCAAGGCCCACGUGGCAGAGCUAGAGCGUCGGUUCCCUGGCUCCCGGGUGCCCUGGCUCAGUGUGCAGACAGCUGCACCCUCUCCUCUGCGCCUCAUGGAUCUACUCUCCAAGAAGCACCCACUGGACACACUGUUCCUGCUGGCCGGGCCAGACACGGUGCUCACACCUGACUUCCUGAACCGAUGCCGCAUGCAUGCCAUCUCUGGCUGGCAGGCCUUCUUUCCCAUGCACUUUCAAGCCUUCCAUCCUGCGGUGGCUCCACCUCAGGGGCCUGGGCCACCAGAGCUGGGCCGUGACACUGGCCGCUUUGAUCGCCAGGCAGCCAGUGAGGCCUGCUUCUACAACUCCGACUAUGUGGCGGCCCGUGGGCAGCUGGUGGCAGCCUCAGAGCAGGAGGAGGAGCUUCUGGAGAGCCUGGAUGUAUAUGAGUUGUUCCUGCGCUUCUCCAGCUUGCAUGUGCUGCGGGCAGUAGAGCCAGCUCUGCUGCAGCGCUACCGGGCCCAGUCAUGUAGUGCACGGCUCAGUGAGGACCUAUACCACCGCUGCCGCCAGAGUGUACUGGAGGGCCUUGGCUCUCGCACCCAGCUCGCUAUGCUGCUUUUUGAGCAGGAGCAGGGUAACAGCACCUGACCCUACCCUGGUCCCCUGCCCCUGUCCUACUCUUCCCCAAAACCUGGAGCCACCUGUCAGCCUCGCUGGACAGGGCUGGCUGUAGCCUUGAGGGGCAGCCUGCUGGUUAUUUGUCUUCUGCUUUGUAGACCCCUGGACAAGCCUUGGGAAAGGUGCCCCAGAGUAACCCCUUCUUGUUCCAAGAAGAGUCUCCCUGCCCCUUUGACACUGCUGAUCCAGGCUGUGGCCUCAGUAUAUUUAUGCAGCACAGUCUGCCUGACGCCAGCCAUGCCUCCUGGGGUCUUGUCCUGGGGCUGGGCUGUAGAGGAGUUCUUGGAGAAGGGGGGAGUAGAGAGAGGAGGGGUGGGGUGUGGCAUCUCCCACCUUCUCCUGUUUGGACCCCUGAUGAGUCUCUGGCUUUAAUAAACUGGCUGAGUGUGGACUGGU